GCCCCAACCAAACAAAGAGGGCAGGAGCUUUUCAAACAACAGCCUCCCAUAAAGUUGGCUGCUGCAGAGCUGGGCUGUGCUGGGACCCUGGCACACCGGAGGAUGCGGCAGCGGCAGCAAGUUGGUGUCAUCACCUGGGAGGAUCCCGGCAGUCGCCUUUAGUCCCUGCUCGGGGCAGUGCCGUCUCCAGACCGGACGGUCAGGCUCUGCAGCACCAACGUUUCCAUGCAGUUGCUGUCAAACGUGGGCAUCCCCAGUUCUACUCAUCAUAACCUUCCAGGCCACCAAGGAGACGCAAGGCUCCAGCAGGGACCUGCCAGCCUUGUGUGAUGAACUGCCGCUUGCCAGGACUCACACUGAGCUCCUCGGGAUGCUGAGGUACUGCUCGGGACCCUGAUCACUCCCGAUUCCUCGCUGUGCUGCUGGCAGUGGGGAAUCGAUGUCCAGUUUGGGACACUGGGCAGAGCCGAUCCAUUACCAUUGUCUGUGUUCUUGAGGGACUGGGGCACUGGGCUGGACGCCACGCUCUGAGGGGGCUCCGCAUGAACAAGGGACAAGGUUUGGGCUGUCCCUAGUUGCUCGGGUGGGAAGACCUGCCUCCUUCCUCCUCUCUGUCUGGGAAGUGGGUCACUGCUGGAAGCUGGGGAUGUUGCCACGUGGAGCAGUGGCCAGGCCCAGCAGCCUGGUGGCAGAGAGCUAGCUGAGCCCGGACACCCUGGUGCUGCCCGGGGGGCUGCAGUGUCCCCACGGCAGCCCUGCUCCGGGGAUGUAGGUGCUGGGUGCAGGAGGUGCUGGGAGCGAUGGGCAGGCUGGACGACCAUGCCAAGAGGAGGAUCGUGGAGCUGCGCAGGGCUGGGCUGAGCUUCCGCAAGAUCAAGAAGGUGCUGGAGCUGGACGACAUCCAGGUGACGCCGCAGGCUGUGUACCUCUUCCUCAAGCGUAAGAGCGUGGAGCCGGGGCCGGUGGCAGCUGGCUGGGAUGGGGACCAGCCCUGGCCACCACUGCCAGGGCAUGAGGCUGAGCCACCCGAGCUGCUAGGUGCCCGGCCCCCGACAAUGCCUGGCGGGGUCCCUGCGGGCAGCCGAGUCCCCUGCCCUGCUGGUGGCCAGGACACCAAGGAGGGCAUCCAAAUUGUCGGCGUGGCCUCACUGUGCAAGGAUGGCAGGCAGCUCAGGGAGAACCUGCCUGUGGGACUGCCCCCCAGGAAUGAUGAUGACAGCUCUGCAGGUUCUCCCUUGGCUCCAGGGAGCUGCCACCCUCUGGGGAUGCCAGCCACCCCCCCACAGUCCCUGCCCAGCCCAGGGCGGUUGGUUGCACCCCCUGCCAGGAACCCAGCCCUGAUGGUGAAGAAGAAGAUGGUGGACAGGGCUAUCCUCCUGCAGAAAACGGUCACAGAUGCCAGCACUCAAACUGCCCUGCUGAACCCUGCAAGUCCUGGAAAUCAAAGCACUGCUUGGGCAGGACCAGUACUUCCCCCUGCUCCCAGCUCCAUUGCUGAAAAGCUGGAUGCUGUACAGAUGGAGGUCCAGAAGCUGAGCCAGGCCCUGCAGGCAGUGCUGGAGCGGCAAUGCCGCUUGGAGCGGCAGCAGGAGCACCAGCAACGGCUGCAGCAGGAGGUGCUGAUGACACUGCAGCAGCUCAGUUCCACCGUGAGCCACAGCAUGGUGCCAGCUAACCAGCCCUGUGUCCCCUUCAGCAGUAUGGCUGAGCCCUCGCCCACUGUGCCAAGCUUCAGCCAGUUCAAGAUGGAGCUCAUCUGACCUCACCUGAUGCCAGUAUGCUCCAGCAGUGCUACACUGGUGGCAGGAUGAAGUCAUGAAGAAGAACCCCCUCUCAGAGGCUGUGGCAGCUGCCUAAAGAUUAUUUGGAGCACCCAGCAGAGAAGGUCACUGGUGUCUCAUGUUUUCAGCCCUGUUGAUUGAAAAGAAAGAGCUGCCUGGGACAAGGGGCAGGGCAAUGGAAAGAUGAGGCCUUGCUUCUCCCAUGCUGCCCAUCCUGGCUGACACUGGAGCUGGCUGGUGGCAGGCUGCCUGCAAGUAGAAGAUACAACUAAGAGAGACACACUAGGGAGGUGGGUCUCAAAGAAAAUGUGAGGCUUCCUCUCACGUGGGUCAGUGCCAUGACGAUGAAUCACAGAAAUGCUUUGUGCCCUCUCUCCACAGAGCCUUGUUCAGUAAAAAUCUCCAUACACCAUGGUUCAGAAA